GCAAAAUAAGAAUUGGAGGCAUAGACGCCUUAAAUAAUUUUUUUUAUACCCAGUACCUGCGCUUUCACUUGGAAGCGAGUUUACUGUAACACUCGCCUUGCAUGACCCUACCUACAUAAACACGCAUAUACCCACUAUGUAUGUAUGUAUGUACAUGGGCAAAGAUGCAAGGUUUAUUCAAAUGUAUAUUUACCAUUUAAUACUAUUCGAAUCAAAUUAUAUCGAUCUAACAUGGUUCACAUGGUAACCAUAUAUAAAUUGUUCAUCUAUAUCGGCCUACAAAUAUUUUGAAAUCUACAACCAAUGACUUUAGUCGCAUUUGAAAUCUUUGUCGGAACGUAUUUAUUUUAAGUAAAUUGUUUAGCGGAAGUAAGUGCUUGCAAAUUAUAUUAUAUUGAACAAAAGAAUCUUAAAUGAUUUUUUGUUAAUCAAAAUAAUAACUUUUUACUUUUUCAACUUUUAAUAUACUAAAUGUAAUUAUUAACAUUACAGCAAAACUAAACCAUGUGUGAUUCAGCUUGUCAUUUGUAUUGUUUGCAUGACUCAUGCUACUGUCAUUCAAGUCUACAUUCAUGCUGCAGUCAUUACAAAUACUACAGAUGUUACUGUCGCACAUACCAUCGUUCGUGCUGCUGCUAUUUGUGGAGAAGAAAAUGCUACUUACUUUAAAAAUCGAGCGCAGUUUCAUUUUUCGAGAGAUCACUGUUGAUAGAACUAAUUUUAAGGCGUAAAUCAUAUUUAUAAUAGCAUCAUUGUAUUCCUCUUAAGUGUUCAUAAGUUACUGAAUUAAAUAAAUUAAUAAAAAUGGCCACCACUAUUUUGAACGUAAUAA